AUGACAGCGAGGCCUACUUCCAGAUAAUUACCUACUUCAAGCUUGCAGUAUUUUACCAAAAGACCCAAAACUCCCACAUUUAAUAAGAAGUUAAUUUAAAAAUACGAUGGCAUGAAGCAACUCUAUCAAACUAUGAAUAAAAAACCUGAGAUUGUUGAAACCAAGGAGCUUCGUGAGUUCCAGGAGAAGAUGCUUAUCACCUGUCUGAACAAUGAGCGUAACAUGAAAUUAGCAUAGCCAAUCAAGCAGUAAUUAUAUUCAACAAUCAACUCAAUUGCAUCUCCUUCAUCUAGGACUUUGAUGUCAAGACCAAAGUCGUAGAUUGGCAAUAGAUUAUAUCUAAAGAGAUCAGAGUCUACAAAUAUUGAUACAUUCGCUGAGAGUUAUUUAACGCAGAAAAAGGAAUUCUAAGAGGAGAUAUUGAAGUCUUACAAUAACUAGGAUCUGGAGGAAAUUCUUGAUCGAAUCGAUGAAUUAGAGAAUGACUAAUUGAUUGGCAAAGACAUAAGGGAGUAGAGGGGGCAGUAAGUCAGAGAGAAGCAGGCAGUGAUUAAUGAGUACAAGUCUAAUCAGAUAUUUGUGUAGAAACAAGCCAUAGAGCUAUAAAAUAAGUACACUCAUAAACAAGUGAUUCUUGACUAUGUAGAUUAUGACGCUUUUGCAAGAGCUCGAGAGUUAAGAGUAAAAAUAUUAGAAGUAAACUAGGAGCUUCUAAGCUAAUACAUGACUCAGCAUUAGUUGAUGAAAUUUAAAGAAAGAGUAGAAGUGGAUCUGAUCACAGAUAGACCUAAAAUUGACACUAUUAAUAUAGAAAUUAAGAAAAUAAUAAAGAAAUCGCAAAGAUAAGAUGACUAUCAAAAGCAGUACGAUGCUGAGACAUUCGCAGUUUACAAAUAAAUAAAGGAAUUCAAGUUUGAAAGAGACAUUGAAAAAGGCCAUCGCUUGAAGCACGAUAAGUACACCAAGAAGCAGGCCUAGCAAUUCUUGGAAUACAAUACACUUAUGGGCUUGGGCCAAAUCUAGCUAUAAAAAGAGUAGAAGCAGGAGUAGCAAGGUAAGGACUACUUGAAGGAUCACGCCAAGAUAGAGCAAUCACUUACAUUACAGUAUAAAGUGCAGCAGUAUGCUAAUAUAGUUGAGAAAAUGCUUUAUAAAUACGAGUAGGAUUAUCAGAGACUGCUCGAGGUUACUAAUGUCAAGGAGUUAUUAGACAUACCAUCGCAUUAUGAAAAAGUAUAGAUCGAGAAGCAGGGGCUUGAGGAGCGAAUUAAUGAGCUUAAGUAAGGGGUUGACUCCCAAAGAAACAAACUCAGAGAACUAAAGCUACAGAAAUCAGUGCUAUUUACACUUCAAAAAUCUAUAUUGACAAACGACAAGACGGAUGGCCUGCAAAGAAUAGACUCAUCUAAGUUAAAUAACUCAGGACUGCCAUCUGGGGGUGUUCCUGUGAUGUUUAAGCUGCAUAACGUAGCGAGUAUAAUGAGUCUACAGAGGAAUCAGUAAUCAGAGCAUUAAAUGAUCAUUGAUGGUAAUGAUAACUAAGGCAGUAAUGAAUGCGGAAACUCUGAAUCCUAGUUUGUAUACCAAGACGACCAAGACAAUAUAGAGCAUUUAAUUAGGUAGGCUGAGAUUAGGAAGGAAUAAGCCAAGCAAAGACUUGAUUAGAGUCUUAAACUAGUCUCAAUGACUGCAACUUGCAUUAAGAAGUUGUUGCAGCAGCUAGCAAUCAAUGGGGAUUAAGACUAGACUGGAAUUGAUCUCGCUCAGAUUAAAGUCAACCACAAGAAAAGCAAGUGCUUAUAUGGUCUGCAGAUAAUUAGCUGGAGAGUCGAAAGAAUGCUUAAGAAGGUGCACUACUCUUAAGCUAUGAGAGUUGAUGAAUAAAUAUUAAAUAAUCAUGAAGCAGAAGAAGUUCUGAUAUAUAAUUAUGAGAAGGAUUUGAAUAUUAAUGAGCCACCUUAGUUUUUAGGAAUUUAUUAAAAAUUUUGA